AUAAACAGACUUCAAUUGUGUGUGUGCGUGUUGGGCAGUGACCAGUUUUUGAAUUUUUCGGUCAUUGCUUAGUUCAUUUCGUUUUGUUCCUAAACGUGUUCGGCCAUUGAUUUGGCCGAUAUUCAACUUCAUUCAAAACGUUUUGCGUCGAGGCAAUACGCACCAUGGGCUGCGCACAGUCUGCCGAGGAGCGAGCCGCAGCCGCUCGCAGUCGCCUGAUCGAGCGUAAUCUCAAAGAGGAUGGAAUACAAGCGGCCAAGGAGAUAAAGCUGCUGCUGUUGGGCGCCGGUGAAUCGGGCAAAAGCACAAUAGUCAAACAAAUGAAAAUUAUUCACGAGAGCGGGUUCACUGCUGAGGACUUUAAACAAUAUCGACCGGUUGUCUACAGCAACACAAUACAAUCAUUAGUUGCAAUAUUGCGAGCCAUGCCAAAUCUUAGUAUUCAGUAUAGCAAUAACGAGCGAGAGAGCGAUGCAAAAAUGGUUUUCGAUGUUUGCCAACGCAUGCAUGACACCGAACCCUUCUCAGAGGAGCUGCUGGCCGCCAUGAAGCGUCUCUGGCUGGAUGCUGGUGUACAGGAAUGUUUCUCGCGCAGCAACGAAUAUCAAUUGAAUGAUUCCGCUAAAUAUUUCCUUGAUGAUUUGGAUCGGUUAGGCGCCAAGGACUAUCAGCCAACCGAACAGGAUAUUUUGCGCACGCGAGUCAAGACCACCGGCAUUGUCGAGGUGCAUUUCUCCUUCAAAAAUCUGAACUUCAAAUUGUUCGAUGUGGGCGGUCAGCGUUCGGAGCGUAAGAAGUGGAUACAUUGCUUCGAGGAUGUUACAGCGAUUAUUUUCUGCGUGGCCAUGUCUGAGUACGAUCAGGUGUUGCAUGAGGACGAAACUACGAACCGCAUGCAAGAGUCGCUGAAGCUGUUCGAUUCCAUUUGCAACAACAAAUGGUUUACGGACACUUCGAUCAUAUUGUUCUUGAACAAAAAGGAUCUGUUCGAGGAGAAAAUACGCAAGAGUCCGCUCACCAUUUGCUUUCCCGAGUAUACAGGUGGCCAGGAGUACGGCGAGGCGGCCGCCUAUAUACAAGCUCAGUUUGAAGCGAAAAACAAAUCAACCUCGAAAGAAAUCUACUGCCACAUGACGUGCGCCACAGACACCAACAACAUACAGUUUGUCUUCGAUGCUGUCACCGAUGUCAUCAUAGCAAACAAUCUGCGCGGCUGUGGUCUGUACUAAGCGCCCGCCCAAAAAGGGGCGCUGCAUGUUUAAAGGCGGGGCACAAAUGGGAACCGUUACGGUAUUAACAGCGCGGGAGCACAACAACCCACCAGCAUUGAUCAAAAAGCAAAUUGAUGAUAGAACCAACAACCACAACAAACAAACAAACAAACAAGCAACACACAGAUACACACAUACACACAAACACUCGAAAAUUUGCAGCAAGAACAACUAAAGCAAAGAAGCCCAAAGAACUUAACAAAUGUGUAUACAUAGUUAUGUGAAAUAUUAUACAGUUGAGCAUAGAGAGUUCGAGAGCCUCUCGGUUAGGCCUCAAGUCACACAUUUGAAUGAGAAAGCAUUUCCUAUCUACUACUAUUUGCAUGCAAGCCACAUGUAUGACAUGAUACGCACACACACACACACACACACACAGUCACACACACACAAACAUACACAUUAUGCAAGCAUUAAUGCAUUAAUCUGUAGCUGUUGUUUGGUCUGAAUAAUUUUAUAGAAUUUCAUAAUUUAUGUAUGUGUAGUUUAGUUUCUCGUGUAUUUAUUAUUAAACAAAAUACCAAGUCAAGUCA